AUGGCAGACGUUGCUGUUAAUUGCGUCAUAAACUACUUACAUGAUGUAUUAGAGGUCUUCCCCAACGUGCUAGAAGUCCUCGGUGGAGUAGUAGUGGAUGAUGGGAACUCCCCCAACGUGCUAGAAGUCCUUAGAGAUCUCAGACUGAUAAAUAUCUUACUGGAGAACUCCGCGGAGAAACGGAACGAGCAAAUUGUGGAGUUAGUUAGCCAAAUCAGGGACGUUGCUUACGAGGUUGAGGAUAUUCUCGAUACAGUACUCAUCCUCGACGUCGACGAAUCGAAAAAAUCAGUAGUCAGCCGGCUCCCGGCUUCCAGGUUGCUUUUGUGCAACAUUCAGCUUCACAAGGUUUCAAAGAAGAUAAAAGACCUCAAAAAGGAAAUCAACAAAAUCUACGACAGUAGAGAAAAGUACGGCAUUGCAAGGGUUGAAGCUAGUGCAGAUGCAGCGAAGGAGGCAGUAUACGAACGCAGGAGAUCAGAAGACGAGGAAGAUGACGUGGUGGGCUUCCAGGAUGAAUCAACUAUAUUGGUGAAGCAGCUCAUUGAAGGGAAUCUACAGCUUGAUGUCGUUUCAAUCAUUGGCACGGGUGGCUCUGGGAAGACCACUCUUGCUAGGAAAAUCUACAAUAAUGUUGUCAUCAAAAGUCUGUUUAAUUGCCGUGCGUGGGUCUGUAUAUCUCAAAAUUUCCGAACCAGAGAACUGUUGCUUGAAAUUUUGAAGUCAGCUGAGAUGCCAAAAUCAGAUGAGUUGACAAGGAAGAAGCGGUUCAAAUGCUUGAGUGAGGAUGAAUUAAAAAGGAAGCUAUUUAGAUGCUUGCAAGGGAGGAGGUACCUGAUAGUCAUUGAAGACAUUUGUAAACCUGAACAAUGGGAUGAGGUAAGUUCUAUUUUUCCUCGUAACUUCAACGGAAGCAGAAUAUUGAUUACUAGCCGCAUAAAAAAAGUAGCCUUACAUGCAAGCCUUACUCCUCCUCACUUUCUCCGAUUUCUUAACAAAGAUGAAAGUUGGGAACUCUUUAACAAGAAGGUGUUCCGAGGUGAAACAUGUCCUCCCGAGUUGGAAGCUCUUGGAAGAAAAGUCGUGGAAAAUUGUUGUGGUUUACCACUUUCUAUUGUAGUAUUAGGGGGAUUUUUAGCAUUCGAAAAGAAGAAAUACCAAACAUGGUCCAAAUUGAUUGGCAGUGUCAUUUGGUGCCAGGCUAAUACAAUAUGCAAAGACAUACUAGCCUUGAUCUACAUCCACUUGCCUCUGCGCUUGAAACCUUGUUUUUUGUAUUUUGGUGUAUACCCAGAAGGCUUUGAAAUCCCUGUAAGGCAACUAAUUCAACUUUGGAUAGCUGAGAGAUUAAUUCAGCACAUUAACAAUAGGGACCCAGAGGAUGUUGCUGAAGAGUACUUGGACGAGUUAAUAGAUCGAGGUUUGAUCCAAGUGGCUAGGAGGAGGACAGAUGGAGGAGUAAAGACAUGCCAUGUCCAUGAUAUUUUGCGAGAUUUCUGCAUAUCAAAGAGUGCGGAAGAGAAGUUUUUUGAGGUUUGUACAAAUGUUAACCUUAACCUUUUAUCCGUUAACAAAUCCCGUAGACUUUCCAUCCAGGGUAGCAUUGAUCCAUAUAUUUCUUCAAAUCCCUCUCACCCUUCCCGUUCUUUGUUGUUUCUUGGUCAACAUACAUAUGGCUUCGACCCAAACCACUGGAAAUGGGUCCUCGAAAACUUCAAGUUUCUUCGAAUGCUUAAUUUUGGGUGUGUAGAUCUCUACUCCAUUCCCACAAGGAUAGAAGAAUUGAUCUAUUUGAGGUACUUGGGUAUAGAAUCUGAUGCUCUGAAAGCUAUUCCAGCUUCCAUUUGCAAGCUUGACAGACUAGAAACACUUGAUUUUAGAGGUACCUUUCUGAAUUGUUUGCCAGAAGGAGUAUGGAACCUUCCACAUUUAAGGAAUUUGUAUAUGUCUGGGCCGGUGAGUGUACCUAAGCCAAGAAAGGGGGAUCGGCUUGAGUCUCUUCAAGUCCUCUCCACUGUAUCACUUCUUCACCGUAGCUCAAGGAUCCUUAAAGUAAGCAAAUUAGGAUUGUGGUUUCCGUCCGACAAGAGCAAACGGGAAGUACUAAAUGUUUUAAAAUUAAUCUACGAUUUACAUCGUCUUCAAACAUUGAAGAUUAUAAAUUGUUCAAAAUAUCAUUGUCUUCUGAUGUCCCUUUUAUUCCCAUCGAAACUCAGCAAGAUAACUUUACGACAUGUGCGCUUAAAAGUUCGUUGCGACAUGAUAUUGCUGGGAAAACUUCACAGUCUGAAGAUACUAAAAUUACAAAGUUGCUUGCUUUGUAGUAAACUCCACAUCUGUGUAGAUGGGCAUCCUCAACUCUCGGUUCCUUGGUCCCCGUUUCCUCAACUUGAAGUCCUUAAAUUAGAAGAUUUGAGAAUUAAAAAUUGGAAACAGUGCAGAGGCGCAAUGCCAUGUCUCAAGCAUUUGGUUAUCAAACAAUGCAGUGAGUUGACCAUGCUCCCAUCGAAUCGAUUGAGUUUGACCACUUUGAGAAAUGUGGAAGUAUUAUGGAGCAGCCCAGAAGCAGCAAAGUUGCUUCAGGAAUUGCAGGUGAAGGCUGGAUUCAAGCUACUGAUCUAUCCUCCUUUGACUGACGACCUCCAUGAAAAACCUGCAGCGAAAUGA